GCCGUUCAUACUCUGUAUGUUCUCCAAGAAUGCUUAAUCAGUGUCUGGAGUCCUUGGUGCAGAAAGUACAAAGUGGGGUGGUAAUAAACUUUGAGAAAGCAGGACCAGAUCCUUCCCCUGUAGAAGAUGGGCAGCCAGAUAUAUCAAGGCCUUUUGGAUCUCAGCCUUGGCAUAGCUGUCACAAACUCAUAUAUGUCAGACCAAAUCCUAAAACUGGGGUUCCUAUAGGCCAUUGGCCUGUUCCAGAAUCUUUCUGGCCAGAUCAAAAUUCUCCAACACUACCACCUCGUACAUCUCAUCCUGUAGUGAAGUUUUCCUGUACAGACUGUGAACCUAUGGUUAUUGACAAACUGCCUUUUGACAAAUAUGAGUUGGAACCUUCACCACUGACUCAAUUUAUUCUGGAAAGGAAAUCUCCUCAAACAUGUUGGCAGGUAUAUGUAAGCAAUAGUGCAAAGUAUAGUGAACUUGGUUAUCCCUUUGGUUACUUGAAAGCUAGUACAGCACUGAACUGUGUCAACUUAUUUGUGAUGCCUUACAAUUAUCCAGUCCUCCUUCCCCUUUUAGAUGACUUGUUCAAAGUGCAUAAAGCAAAACCAACACUGAAAUGGAGACAGUCAUUUGAAAGUUAUUUGAAGACCAUGCCACCCUACUAUCUUGGGCCCUUGAAGAAAGCCGUUAGAAUGAUGGGAGCACCUAACCUAAUAGCAGACAGUAUGGAGUAUGGACUCAGUUACAGUGUCAUUUCAUACCUCAAAAAGUUGAGUCAACAGGCCAAAAUAGAAUCUGAUCGAGUCAUCGGAUCUGUAGGCAAAAAGGUAGUACAGGAAACCGGAAUUAAAGUCCGAAGCCGAUCACAUGGUUUAUCAAUGGCAUAUAGGAAAGAUUUUCAACAGCUGCUCCAGGGAAUUUCUGAGGACAUUCCUCACAGACUGCUAGAUCUUAAUAUGAAGGAAUACACUGGGUUCCAAGUUGCUUUACUAAAUAAGGAUUUGAAGCCUCAGACAUUUAGAAAUGCGUAUGACAUCCCAAGACGAAAUCUUUUGGAUCACUUAACAAGAAUGAGAUCUAAUCUUUUGAAGAGCACCCGCAAAUUUCUUAAAGGACAGGAUGAAGAUCAAGUGCAUAGUGUUCCUAUAGCACAAAUGGGGAAUUACCAGGAAUACCUCAAGCAAGUACCUUCUCCACUAAGAGAACUUGAUCCUGAUCAGCCUCGAAGAUUGCAUACAUUUGGCAACCCCUUUAAGUUGGAUAAAAAGGGGAUGAUGAUAGAUGAAGCAGAUGAAUUUGUAGCUGGGCCUCAAAAUAAACAUAAACGACCUGGAGAACCAAAUAUGCAGGGGAUCCCUAAAAGACGUCGGUGUAUGUCUCCACUACUAAGAGGCAGACAGCAGAACCCUGUGGUAAACAAUCACAUUGGAGGAAAGGGACCACCUGCACCUAUGACUCAAGCACAGCCAGAUCUUAUUAAACCCCUUCCACUUCACAAAGUUUCAGAAACUGCCAGUGAUUCAACAAUAGAUGAUGUGGUUGAAAAUCAUGUUGCAGACCAACUCUCUUCAGACAUUACACCAAAUGCUAUGGAUACUGAAUUUUCACCAUCUCCAGCCAAUCUACUGGAACGACCAGCCAAUCAUACAGAAGCUCUUGGUCAUGACCAUUUAGGAACUAAUGACCUCAGUGUUGGUGGGUUUUUAGAAAAUCAUGAGGAGCAAAGAAAUAAAGAACAGUGUGCUGAAGAGAAUAUACCAGCAUCUUCACUCAACAAAGGAAAGAAAUUGAUGCAUUGCAGAAGCCAUGAAGAAGUCAAUACUGAACUAAAAGCACAAAUAAUGAAAGAGAUCCGGAAACCAGGAAGAAAAUAUGAAAGAAUCUUCACUUUACUGAAGCAUGUGCAAGGCAGUUUACAAACAAGACUAAUAUUUUUACAAAAUGUCAUUAAAGAAGCAUCAAG